AUCCCAUUGGACGAGAAGCGCCUUGGUCGACGUGACGCAGCUUGGAAUUCCCAAAGUUCCCAAGUUCAGGGGAAGAGAGGAGCGUUGUUCUUACUAAAAAACAAAACGUUUUGAAGGGAAAAAACAGCCGACGACUGAGCUGUAAGCAAGUGGGAAUACAAUUCAGCUGAAUCUGCACCGUGCUGUGCCAAGUUGAGCCUGAAGAGGGCGAUGUCUGACAACAGCAAUAGCACAGGCAGUAGUGCGUCCUCAACCAACAGCUGGACCCUCCUCUCCCCCGAGGAAGCUGCUGUUGAGAAUGUGGGACCUGUGGACGACGGCACUGAGAGCCUGGGCGACGUCCCUAGUCUCUCAGAGGAGGUGGCAGGAGCUGCUGUGGAGUUCAAAGCAAGUGACAUUCCAAUAGAAACUGUCCUGUCUGAGGAAGGCCAUCAGGUGUGUCAGGAGACCUCUCCAGAGUCCAGUGAGGGUCCCAUACCUUCUAGUCCAACCCGGAUGAGUCCUCUUCCACAAAACCCCCUUGACCCUGCAGAUCUCGACCUGGAGAGUCAGCCUCCAGUUAUACAUGAAAUUGAUACCAGCUCCCCCAGUGACAAUGAGCACCUAGGAGCCAUACCCUUUGUCACCAACAUUGAUUUGGGGGCUCCACUCGAUAUUCCUGCUGCUGAACUCCCCCCAUCUGAGCUUGAGGAGUCCUGCUCUGCUCCUCCCAUGACUGAGAUCCCUGUCUCUACAGAACCAGUACUUGACACGCCUGCUGAUAUGGGGCCAAUUCCUGCGAGUCCUGCUGGGGAGAGUCUUGUCUUCACUGCUGAACUUGAGGUUAACAUCCCCACAGAGACCAUCACAGCCACUGAUCCUCCCUCUCAUGUUGACGCCGAUAUCAGCUUUGUUCCAGAAAGUACAGAGCAGCCAAGUCCAGUCACAGAGAGGCUGGUGACAGAAGACCCCAUUGAUGAAAGCCCUGUGCCAGAGACUGUUGGUUCAGUAGAAGCAGAAGAGGAGGCAGCAGAGCCAUCUGAGACAGUGACCCCCGAUGAGAGAGAAGAAGAACAAGAGCCAUCAACUAGUUUUGAUUUGGGCGACACAAGCAGCUUUGAUGAUGGACUGAGGAGGAGGAAUGUGCCCUCUUUCGAUGCACCGAGACUAAGAACAUCAGAUGAGGAAGAUGAGGAUGAGGAAGUGGAGUUCAAGCUGGCUGAGAAAAAGGAGGAAAAGCCAUGGUUCUCCUUGAACAAAUGCAUUGUGGGUGCUCUGAUCCUCCUCUUUUUAGGUUCCCUCUUCCUCUCAGGUUUCCUCUCUGACCUGGAUUAUGGUGAUUUUGAUGCCUCUGAACUGAGUGAUGGAGAACAAAGCCAGGACUGGCUUAGCAGUGAUCCACAGGAUAUGAAAGAGUUAUUGGAUAAACUGACACAGGAAAACCAACAAAUCGCUCUGCUAGAGGCUCAACUACAGUCUCAGAAAGAAGAACUCGACUCAGCACUGAAGACAGUAGCAGCAAGUGGUGAUGAAAAAGGUAAAGCAGAUCUGGAAAAAGAAAACACAAAAUUGAAGGAGGAGUUGUCAACUCUGCCUGAACUGAAGAAAGAGCUGGAGAGUCUGAGGGCCAGGGUGACUGAACUCAACCAGCUCUCAGCUGAUCAAAAAAUGCCACCGGCUACUCCCAGUUCAGCCCCGCAGCCUGGUGACAAAGCUGGUCAGAGUAACCAAAAAGCAGCUGGACCUGAGAGGACAAAGGACACAAAUGAAGGGGGCAGGCUGAAGGAGGAACUCCAGAGACAGAAGGUUCUUUUGGAGGAGAGCCGAAAGAGACUGGAGGGGAUGAAAAAAAAUGGAGGUGGCAGGAAAAACGUCAGAGAUAAUUUGGAGGAGAUCCAGAAGAAGCUUUCUGAACAAGUUGAGAGGUGGGGGAAGAAGAAGCCACAGGAGUCCAAAUGGAAAGGGAACAAAGGCAAAAACACUGAGCGGGACCACAGGAAGAAAGAAGAAAAAAAAGAGUGGAGAGGAGAGAAGGAGUGGAAGCACAGCAAAGAAGGAGGAUGGAAGGACAAAGAAGAGAAGAAGGAGAAAGAGUGGAAGUCUCAGAAGCAAAACUCUCACAAAGAGGCAUGGAGGAAACACCAGGACGAGUGGGAGAGGAAGAAGGACGAGCGCAGAGUGGACAGAGAGGAGAGGAGGAAGGAGAAACCGUGGCACAGCCGGCCUAGUAAAAACUCUCACCACCACAACCAUCAUCAUCAGGACCAGCAGCGCCAUCAGCAGCCCCGCCAGCCGCAUCAGUACAACCACAACGAUUUCUGGAGAGACCAGGAGCAGAAGCUCCGACGCAACGUCCGCCCCCAGCUGAGCUGCAGCUCUGUGGACGACUGCGCCAGCAAGGAGGGGCUCUACGCAGUGGAGCUGUCCGAAUUUGAGGAGCUGCUGGAGGGCUAUCUGAGCAAGCUGGAGGGGUCUUCAUCCGAGAGCAAGGACAAGAUCCGAAAACUGACUGCAGAGUUCUUUGAGGACGGCGUGUUUAUCCACGACAGGGUUCUUUUCAGCGACUUUGUUGAGGACAUAGCGGACAUUCUGGAGGACAUGGCGGAUGUUUUAGAGGAUGACGGGGAGAAGGAUGACGACUCCCUGGAGGAGGAGAUGGAGGAGUUUGAACGAGAAGCCCUCUGGAAGUUUGCUGCCACAGCUUAAGUAGAGACACUUAGGGGAGAGGAGUAAAAUCCAACAUUUAGAUACAGCAGAAGCGGUGGUUUUAUAGGACAUUUCUUGCCUACCUUGUCCUCUUCAGAGCUGUAAUUGUAGUAGCUUCUGGUACAGAGUGGUUGUGCCUCUCAUAAAUGUGUCUCUGAGUCUUUAAUUAUAAGCUAGACUUGUACUUGUCAUUUCGGACUUAGUUGUUACCUACCUCUGUCAGGUUAUGCCUCCUAAUGCAAAGUCCUUCAGUAAUGUGUGUGUAUUUUCCUCUGCUAUAUAGUGUUUUUUCAGUACCUAGUGCAUGUCGCAGUUCAUAAUGUAAAUUCCAACUGAUAAUAUUCAGAUCACACUAAAAACAGGGUUUUAAGGAGAUGGUAUUUGCGAAUAAUUCUGUUGAGCACCAGUGCAAUUGAGUUAAAUCUAUUCAUACAAAUAGUGUCAGAUAAGUUGUCAGUUACACGAAGACAUGUUAAAUUGACUGUUAAAUACUUUUCUGUCAUUUGACGUUCUCCCUUGUCUGGGAAUAAAACCUGUCUCUACUCCGAACAGGUUAAAACAAAUGCUAAGAAAUCUUUGCAGAUACCAUUUGCCUCAAGUCAGGUGAAACUGUCUGAUCCCAGAGGAUGAGCUCCCACUUCUUUCAGUGAUAAGAACAAGAUCAGGUCAGACCAGUUUUGUGUCAGCAGCUCUUUAGUAGAUUUAGGCAAACACACACACACACACACACACACACACACACACAGUGCUGUUUCAGAGCCCUAAAGCGUUUGGUUUCUAUAUUUGAAGGACUUUUCAUUCUCCGACUCCCAACUGUCAGUUGACAGCAGAUGUGUGGAACAACCAGGAACCAGUUUAUGAAACAUUCACGUCAGUGCUGCUAAAAAAAAAAGCAACAGGAUAAACUGAUAUAUAUAUACAGCCAUAGUUGGAUUGAUGACUGCUAAACCACUUUAGCACUUUUCCCAAAACAUUCACUUUUACAGCAAAAGGGUUUUUCUUACUAUUUACUUCUUUUUUUUUUUUAUUUAGACCACCAGUCUGAAUCCUACAUUCUUUUAGAGGAAUGUGGCCACGGGGACCUACAACACAUGAUCUACAUAUACUGGGUAUCCCAGAGCACGCAGAGUAAAACAUAUAGAGUUUAGUGAUCUUUAGUAAUCCCCAGAGUAUUUCAUUUAAUGACUUUGUUCAUUUGUCUAAAUGAGAUUGGCAACUAAACCAGUUAGUUUUUUUUCAUAUUCCUCAUAUUUUAUUAGCAGGUUGCUGUAAAUUGACAUGCACAGAAGUAAUGUAGUCGUAGCUGUUUGAUCAUAGAAAAAAAACAAAACUUAGGAAGCUGCUACAUUUCAUUUUGUUGAAUAAGUCAGGCAAUGGUAAAACAAGAACGGGACAAAACAGUGUCUAUAAAGUAUUGCAGCAUUACUUUGUAGUUUUUUUCAGUUUUCGAUCUUAAUCAUAUUUGAUCAUGAAGGUUUCCCUCUUUAAGUGGAUGCGAAGUUAAAAUCGACAGAUUGUGAUUGUUAGUGCUCAUUUUUCAGUGAUUGAAAGAAGCUUUGAAGUGUUAAAUAUUUAUUUAUUCUGUCACUACACUGCAAUUCUUUUCCUUAUUUUAAGCUAGAAGAACCACAGACGUUUUAGCAUCAAAUGUGGAAAUGUUUUUUUCAGUUACUUUGGUUUCCAGAAAUUUAGUUUGCCAGCUAUUGCGUACGUGCCUUUAAAUGUUAGAUUGGACAAGAGGUCUUUGACUCAAUUUGCUUCUGCUAGUUUAAAAAGAAAAUAAGUUUACACUGCUUGCAGUUUCACUGUUUAUAGGGCAGAGAAUGAAUGUCAGAGGUUUACUUGUGUUGAACAGAUUCUUGUUAAACGUCUUCUCUGUUGUUUCUACAGAGGAAUUUUCUUUCAGUUUUUAGACCAAAGGGAUCAAAAGAAAGAUUAACCAGAACAGAUGGAUCCUUUAAUGAAACGCAUUUAAGAAAGUUUAAUCAGUAUCUGAGACAUGUUUUUGUCUUUGUGGGACAACAGUAGGGAUCUGUGCUUAUUGAUAAUGUUGCCAAGAUGUGCAUGUAAUUGAUCCCUGGACAGAUGUACUGAUAAAGUUGGAUCAUUUCUAGUUUUCCCAUCAUCAGUUAUGUCCUCUUUUAGGAAGUCAGUGUUAAGUUGAAUAAAUUUUUCACCAUUAAAAAAA